AGUACAUGAUUAUACAGUACAUCUACACCAAAAGAAGCUUAGGAAAUACUUACUUUACCUAUCCACUUAAACGACAGUAAUGGCCGGUAAAUACCAGUGUCAUCUUCAGUCUCAUCCUAGAGGGAUAAAGAUGUGUAGUUCUAUGAGAAUGCAGUCCGUGGUUGUAUGCCUGAGUUUCUGUGUGGCUGUUGUUUAUGGGUACUCAGCUGGAGCCCCCGCGGGGGUGUGCGAGUCUAUGGUCCCCGGUCACGGGGCUGCCAUACAAGCCGGCCCCUCCCCCUACAGAGUGACUAUGAAUACUACAAGUUACACAGCCGGUGACCGUAUCAUGGUCACUGUGUCGGGGGGAACCUUCAGAGGAUUGCUUGUGGAGGUCCGUCUUGCAGAUUGUUCCACCGUUACUUAUCCGACAUUUUCUCUGAUGACCAGUGAAUCAAACCUUCAGACUCUUGCCUGUAAUGGUGAAGCAGAUAGUGCUGUCACACAUACUAACAGGAAUGACAAAACUGAGGCCAAUUUUUACUGGACUCCCUCAUCUAGUUUGGGACACGUUUACUUCCGUGCUACAGUAGUGCAGGUCCAGAACACGUACUGGGUUGGUAUUGAGUCCCCUGUUCUGCGUGACAAUAACUCCACUGACCUCGUCCCUGACCCUAUCUGUCCAAUUACAACUUCUACAGCUACGACCUCAUCGACCACAAUGGGGAUGAAUGGAACCACUACUAACCAGGUAGGCGGAGGCGGGGGUAAUAACGCAGGAGCGGAUCUGAGGUCAACUGUAGCGUCUCUGAUCAUCAUGAUGAUGGCAUCAUUCCUAACAAUAUAGCAUUCUCUUGUUACAUAAUACUCCAUUCACAUUCAACUAUGCAUAAAAAAGAAAUGAUAUGUAAUCGGAACAUCAAGCAGUAAAAACGUCUAGUCAACCAAACUACAUGUAUGAAACAAAUUUUAAUAUAAAAGUGACUUACUAGUUAUUGUAGUGGCAAUUCAUAUGA